UCCAAAACAAAUAAUUGUCGCCCAGGUUUUUAUCGCCCUGGGAGCGCGUAAAACUUCUAUGCUAGCAUGUGCAAUGAAGUUGGUUGGUAGCAAAAGUCAUGUAGCCAAUUGGUUCCGAGACUGCCUUUGAACCAGAACGAAAGUACCAGCAGCACCAGAACCCAGUGCCCAGUAGUAUCGUACCCAGCAGGGCAACAUUAUGCCACAAGCAUGCUGAUGCAUGCCUCGGUCGAAUAGCUGGCUCAGCCAAACAUGUCGUGUAGCAGAUUCGUUCCAGCCGUUGCAUAGAACAAACACCCAAACCCUGAACUAAUUACGGUGCCACUGGGAGCCGAGCACUGUAUCGCACUUGUCGCCUGGAAAACAUUCUCACGCUCCCAGAGCCUGCGGUCCAAUUUGUUCUUACACAGGCACGCAACGCACAACAGCCCCCAAAACAGUAGAGCAGCGCCAGACGAACUAGCAACUAUGCAUAUGUGGAUCGCGUACGAACGACGCAUACGGUUGUUGUGCGCAAAAUAGCAUGUUGCCCGAUUUGUUCCGGCGCAAAAGACGAAACGCACACUUCUCCCCCUGGCAAUCGAUGGCCGAAACGGCCGAGCAUGGGCGAGCGCGAGCGCGAUAAGAUAAAUGCAGCGUCGGCUGUGCGAUAAGAGCAUUCCCGGAGGCCAGCUCAUGCAUCUGAUACCAGCGGAACUGUUUGGAGUAGGAGCGGGGGGGGGGGGAGCAAUAGGGGGGACACAGGUGCUGCAAACCAUGAGGGAUGCGAAGGGUUUAUGUGCUCCGCGUUUAAAUAGCACUGCCAGCGGCAACCACGGCAGUAGUAUUGGUUUGCAUCGCGCCCGAGGGAGCACAUACGAUGAGAGCAUCAAGAAUCAUAAUAAUAUUGCUGGCGAGCUUCGGUGCGGUCGCGCCGGAACUGUACGAGGACGCGGCGACGCUCUGCGACAGGUGCGCGUGCGUGAUCGCGAACCGGACCAGCGCGGUGCACGCGUACGAUCUGCUGGACUGUUCGCGCAAGGGGCUGACGCACAUGAUCGGGGGCUGGCCGGCCCGGUUCGACACUGUCGAGCCGGAGCGCGAGAUCGUCCUGUCGCUGUCCGGGAACAACCUGACCCGGCUGGAGCAGCUGCCCGCGACCAACACGACGCUGGUGUUCAGCUGCCGCCACUGCAACCUGGGCAGCGUGGCGGGCGGGCUGUUCCUCGACACCGCCAACGUGCUGCGGGUCGACCUCAGCCACAACCGGCUGACGGGCGAUGCGCUGACGGCGGCCGUGUUCCGCGGCCAGUACGUCGGCGAGGACAGCCCGCUGCUGCUGCAGCUGGACGAGCUCGAUCUGGGCGCGAACGCGAUCGCCCACCUGCAGGAGGACGCGUUCGAGCACAUCGUGAGCCUGCGGGAGCUGUCCCUUGCCCGCAACCCGCUCGGCCGGCUGGCGGGCGGUACGGCGCGCGCCCUCGCCCAGCUCGUCAACCUGGAGCAUCUCGACCUGUCGUACGCCGAGCUGACCGAGCUGGACGAGAGCGUGUUCGGCGGGAUGCGGUCGCUCCACGAGCUCAACCUGCGGGGCAACCGGCUCGGCGCGGUACCGGAGGCGCUCUAUCCGCUCGCCGCGCUGCACACGCUCAACCUGGCGGAAAACCCGAUCGAGGUGCUGAGCUUCGCCCAGCCACUCGACUAUCUGUUUGAGCUGAACGUGAGCAGCAUGCCGGUGCUGCACACCGUCGAGGUGGACUCGUUUGCUCACGUGCGCAUGCUGCGCACGCUGCUCGCGCGCAACAACACGCCGCUGGAGGUGUUCGACAUGACCAUACUGCACCAUCUGACCGAUCUGCGUGAGCUCGACCUGUCGCAGUCGAAGCUGAAGCAUCUGCACCCACCGACCGGCAGUGUGGCCCUGCCGCCCGCCGCCUACCUGAACGUGCUCGAGAUACUGCUGCUGCACGAGAACCCGUGGCACUGCGACUGUGCGCUGCAGAAGGUGCUCCGCUACAUCCACUUCUUCUCCCACUCGGACUACGAGGAGGAGGACGAUACGCGCUGCGAAACGCCCCACGGGCUGGCCGCGAUGCACCUGGUCGAGCUGUACUACAUCGACGUGUGCGACCAGCCGGAGGAGGGCCCGGCUGGACCGACGUACGAAAAGCCGGCCUUCCUGCGCCCGGGCGCCAUCUUUCUCUCCCUGCUGUCGGUCGGCAUCGUCGUCGGGCUCGGCAUCAUCAUCGGGCUGGUGAUCGUGUGUCUCAAGCGCCGGCUGGCGGCCCAGGGGCUCGGCUUUACCUCCGCGCCGGUCCGCUACACCUCGGUGCGCGAAAGCACCACGUCCACCGUUUUUCAGCCGUAGAGCGUGGUGGCUUGUGGACUGUGAGUCGGCGGGAAAAAGGGAGAGACUGCAAAACGUUCCUUACACUAGGGCUGGUAGAGUAAACCGCGGUUGAACAUCAAAAUUCCACAUUUAAGCAAGUUUAGUGCGUAGUGUCGUUUUAGUAAAUAGUGCAUAUCGCAUCGUAGGGCAAUGGUAGUGAAGUUGUUUGGAAACUGGGGCAGACAUUUUCUCGACACACUGCCGUAAGGUCAGUGGUUAGGGCAAUUACCUCGCGCUGAAGUGGACCAGAAACAGCGACAGGAUGUGCCGGACGGUGGAAACCCCCCUUCGCCAGCUGAUCGCCCCAACACUUCACUGCUGCCGACAUAACCUAUAAGUUAAGCUGCCAGCGUCUCGAGCCAGGCAUUCGAAUCAUUUGCACUUUUAGGAUAGUUUUUCUUAAUGUAACCUUUUUGCAUUACUUUUUUCAUUGUCCAAUUUUCAUUUACAAUUUUAACGUCUAAUUUAAAAUAAAAAUGUGAAAAAAUGUUGUACAACAAA